CGCUUGCGCGCUAGUAACGUGAACUAGUAGGAAACAUCAGUGGGGAAAGGUGCGAGACUAUCGACAGAUAAAGAACUCUUGAGGCAGGUUUGCGACGCAUAAAUGUUUUGAUAUACCAUAACGCGAGCACGGAACAUUCAAUAAAACUCAAAUACUAGUCUCGCGGAUGAUGUUUUAGACUGCAUUUAUGAGUUCAGGCAAAAGCUCGUGCUCUGGCUAGCUGCUGUAAGUUAGCUCGUGGGAUAAAGCCAGAAAUAACUAAACGCAAGUCUCGUGCCAGAUAACCGAUAGAUCAUCGCGAGCUCUGCGCGGGACCCUCAGUCUGGAGUUUUGUUGAGUUUGGACUCGCUUUUCACUGGAGACUUCCCUUUAAUGUACUUUCUGUUGAUACAUCACCCAUAGUACUGUAGUUUGAGUUGUAGUACUGUUUUACGUUUUGGCGAAUCGAGUGAUGAUAAAGCAGGAGUGUAUAUAGCUGCUGUCUUGAGAUGUGGCCUGCGUUUGUUUGACAAUCAUGGGAGGAUGCGUGGGGAGAGAGCGCGCGGAGUCACGCGGACACGGCUCGAGGACGCAGAGGAAACGUGGAGGUCGUAAUGAGCCACUGAAGAAAGACAAGCUGAAGUGGAAGAGCGAUUACCCAAUGACGGAGGGGCAGCUCCGCAGUAAGAGGGAUGAGUUCUGGGACACGGCUCCAGCGUUUGAGGGCCGCAAGGAGAUCUGGGACGCCCUGAAAGCCGCCGCUGUGGCUCUGGAGUGUAACGAUCAUGAGCUGGCUCAGGCUAUAGUGGACGGAGCCAACAUCACGUUACCACACGGAUCCCUGACUGAGUGUUACGAUGAGCUCGGAAACCGCUACCAGCUACCGGUGUAUUGCCUGGCCCCGCCUGUCAACCUGAUCACAGAAAGAAGCGAGGAAGACCUGUCGGACAACCCUGAGCCCCAGACGGCCCAGAAGAAAGAGUUCCAGCUGAAGGUACGGCUCUCCACCGGCAAAGACCUGCGCCUGAACGCCAGCAUGACCGACACCAUCGGCCUGCUGAAAAAACAGCUACAAGCUCAGGAGGACAUUGACCUGGCCCACCAGCGCUGGUUCUUCUCUGGAAAGCUCCUCACGGACAAGACCCGCCUGCAGGACACCAAGAUCCAGAAGGACUUUGUGAUCCAGGUCAUCGUGAACCAACCGACACCAAACCACUAGAACCGCAGCAGUUAAGAUUAAAACAUUUUGCACAAAAAAAUGAAUCGAGCAACUUGAUCCUGCCGGAGUUUUGGAGGGACGCUGAGAAACAAAUAAACGGAUCGCAUCUCUGCUAACUUGAGCAGAAGUGCCGACGUGAAUUUGGUAGCGAAGCACACACUGACUAUGCAUAUCCUGUAAAGUACCUACGUGGUCCUCCUGAAAGUGAUCUCCCUUUGUAAGAUAAUCGAACUUGAGCUUCAUUUUGCACACUUGAGUAUCUUAGAAUAGCUGUGCCUUGAAAGAAGAGUUAUUUUGCUUACGAGGCAUGUUCGUUCACUCUCAGUGCGGCCACAUGCUUCGUAUUUUAUGACUGACGUCUCUGAGCACAACCCAGAACUUUCUAUGCAAUUUUAGGCAGAAAAAGAGGCCGAUAUCAUUAUUCAAUGUAGCUAAUCCACAGUUCAGAGGUCAGUGACACUUAAAAGGUAAAUCGAGUGCACAAAGACGCAUUAAACUCACAGUGAUGCUAAACAUCUCCUGGCACUGCCCGGUCUCCGUGCCCAUCAUCUUGUAGAUGAAACCGUAUCGCUGCCUCUAAAAGGAAGAUUGGACACUAUCACUUUAAUGGCUGUCUGACUUCCUCUGUUCCUCUUUUAUAGUGCUGUUAUGCUGUAAGCGCUCAGGCUGCGAUCAGAGAAUAUUGCUGAUAUUUUGAGAGAUUAUAUUCUAUACUAUUUCUGCUUUUUUAAACUACUUAGAGUAAGACUUUUUAAUGAUUCUUAACCCUUUAUCAGUGGCAUUACAACAAGCAUAGGCAUCUGUAACAAAAAAAAAAAAAAACGUUUCUUUUACUAAAGGUCUUCUGCUCCUGGUUAUAUCACCAUGUGACUCCGCGCACCGGUUAGAAACGGCUCAUUACCUCAACGGCGACUGUUCCUCAUUAGUCUCCAGAGCACUGGCGUGUUCGUUGUACGUCUCUCUUCUCUCACGCCAUUCCUUCUGCUCCGGGUUACUUUCUUUCUUCUGUUGUUUUUAAAAAAAAAAAAACAUGCACAUUGGUGUAGAUUAGCCUUCAUGGAUGAGUUAAAUCAUAUUCAUUUAUCAUUGGAAAUUGCUAAAGUUUCUUUCCCGCUCCAAAUUGCACCAAUUUGCAUUUGAGGAAUAUUCCAGGUUAACUACAAGCUUUUCCAAUUCAUCUGUAUUGUAUAUUAAACUACGGGGCUGUUGAAUGCUUGAAUCUGAUUGGUUGACGAACGUAUUAAGGUUGGGGAAACGCGCGGCUAAAAUAGUUCCAGGAAGGUCUUGACCGCAUUGCAGCUCCAUAUCACUUCGCCAAAUGAUUUCAAAGGUCCUACAACAGCAAAAGAAUCACAAAACCCACAACAACACUGACCAAUUAAAUAAAUAUGGUAAACAAUAGGAUAAAAACGACAAAUUAUUUCCAUGUUUUUGCCACCAAAUUACGUUUUAUUUUGAGGCUACUCUCUUUCUCCCACUCUCUCUCUCACUUAAACUCACACACAUACAGUACGGACACACACUCACACAGUAAAAUAGUUUAACAACUUAAAAGGUAAUAACGGCGCUGUUCUUGAAGCAGGUAAACUCACAGUUUCGCUAUUAGCAGAGACGCUGUUGCCGAGCACUGUUGAGAGACUCAGGUAAUCGCAUACGCUUAAUCUCUCUCUCUCUCUCUCUCUCUCUCUCUCUCUCUCUUUCUCUUUCUCUUUCUCUCUCCAUAACUGCAUUAUUGUACUAUUUAUGUACUAUUAAAAUUACAUUUUGGAAUGAGCAACGGAGGCGAGGGAUUAGAUGCGUAAGAAAUUAGUUCCUACACGCGAGCGUUUUAAGAACAAAAACCUGACAAAUGUUUUGAAAUACAACAUCUGAACAAUGUUUUGAGGUGUGGUAACCGUAGUAUAAGCGGAAUAAUUGAGUCUGGGCCGUUGAAUAAUUGAGAAAUAAUGCCUGCAUCACCACCUCAGGUGUGCAGUUAUUCCUUACAUAAACUACCACUUGCAGUGUAAGUCUGUGUGGUGUUUGCUUUGGUAAUCGACAAUAUGCAGUAGCUUAAAGGGAUAAUUCACCAUAAAAUGUAUAUGCUUACAUUUACUCACUCAUGUUCUACACCUGAACGACUUCUGUGACACAAAAGAUACUUUGAAAAUGUUGAAUGUUGGUCCAAUGUUUCACAAAAGUCUUAAUUGUGAGAUUAAAAAGUGAAAUGAAGCCAAAAAAUGAGAUUUCAAACAAAAGUUUGACUUAUGACAUCUCAAUUUUGACUUGGUAUGUCAUAAUUUUUACUAUCACAAUUUUUCAAAAUUGAGUCAUAAGUUGACAUUUUUGUCAGAAUUCUUUCUUUACUGGUCAUUUAGCUAUUUAUCUAAAUUAUGAUGUGAAACAUUUCAAUUUUGACAAUAUUUCAUAAUUUUUACUAUCUCUAACUUGUCAAAUUAGUCAUAAGUUGACAUUUUUCUCAGAAUUCUCAAUUUUGACUGAUAAUUUAGCUUUUUAUCUCAACGUAUGAAACAUAAAAUUUCAAUUUUGACACGAUUUCAUAAUCUUUACUAUCAUAAUUGUCAAAAUUGAGUCAUAAGUUGACAUUUUUGUCAGAAUUGUUAAUUUUGACUAAUAAAUUAGCUUUUUACCUCAAUUAUGUGUGAAACAUAUCAAUUUUGACUUAGUAUGUCAUAAUUUUUACUAUCUCACACUUUAAAUUGAGCCAUAAGUUGACAUUUUUGUCAGAAUUCUCAAUUUUGACUUUCCAUAACUUUUUUUAUCUCGUAAUAAAUUCUAUUUUGAGGUUUUGUUUUUUUGUUUUUUUUUGGUCCAUAAAAUGAAAGUCAUUAUAUGGACAAAAAACAUUAUGUAUAUAAUCUUUUGUGUUUUGCAGAACAAAGAAAGUCACAGGUUUUGAACACGAGGGUGAGUAAACGAUGACACUUUUCAUUUUUGCAUAAACUAACCUGGAAUAUUCCCAGAAGUCCUACGCAGCGUAAAGCAUGUACCCCUGUGGGAACAACAUGCCAUCGAGUACGGGCAAAAACCUCCAAUCGUCGUUCAGGACAAAGAGUCACUCAUAAUUUAUGUGGUCAUGAUUUACAUGCGCUGAUAAGAGAGAAACGGUACACAAUAGCGUUGUGUACUCCUUAAAUCCCGCAUACUUUGCUAGUUUUUUCCCAGGUUGAGCUGUGUGACCUCCGGCUGUCUGGAUAAACCUCCUGGCCUUCGUCAGCACAAUCUGAAACCCUUAUGCUGUGACAACAUACGCUGUUGCUGCUAAUGAUAGAGACCGUGAUAUUUAUUCUCUCAUUGGCAUUCGCUUCAGUAAAAAACAUUGCUAGACCUUGGUUAGUAUAAUAUUCAAAAUUAAAUGGAAAUAGACAAAGUUAUAAGAUAAUUAAAAUGGUUAUAGUGACAGUACUGUGUUCAUCAACAUGUUUUACAUACGUGUGCUGAUUAUUAUGAUCAUUAUGGUUUUUAGAGGGACUUUGCUGUUAUUUUUUUCUAGGCCACACAAUUCCUCUGCAUUUGAAAUGUUUCACUAGAUGUUUCUUUAUGUAUUGUUUGUUAUCUUUGAAUGUAUGUUGUAUGUAUAAUGUGUCUCAUGACAAGAAGUUUCCAGAUUUGACUGAGGAAGCUGUUAGGAAGCCAUACAUGUGGAUCUUUUUCAGGAGACUCUCUUUGGACGUUUGUCUUUCAAAUCACAGAUUGCAAGAAGCCAUUACGCUGUACUCAAGCCUGCUGUGGGCCUGUGGGUAUGGACGUCCAUUUCUGCCACAUAAGAAGAAAACAAAAUGCUUUGGUAAAUAAUUAUACAAAAACAUGUCAAAUUUAUAUGGAAGCUUGUUUUCGCCAUUGAAUAAACAAUAAAAAAGGUAAUUGCGACUUUUUAUCUCACAAUUCUUUUUUUUUUUUUCUCAGAAUUGAGUGAUUAUAAACUCACAAUUGCGAGUUAUCACAGUUGUGACUUUAUAUCACGCAAUUCUGAGAAAAAAGUGAGAAUUUUCGAGAUGUAAACUCGAUUCUCAAAUCUGUAUUAACAGAAUUGAGUUUAUAUCUUGCAAUUCAGACUUUAUAACACGCAAUUGUGAGGAAAAAUUGCAAUUAUCCUUUUUUUUUUAUUUUUUUUUUAUUCCAUGGCGGAAACAAGCUUCCAUAAAUUUGAGAUACAAAGUCAUAAAUAUGAGAUAAAUAUGAGAUAUGAGUCAAAAUUGAGAUUAGAAUGUCACAAUUCUGAAAUAGGUCAGUGAAGUCAUAUUUGUCAGUGAGUAGCUCAUAAUUUCAACUUUUCAUACUGUCAAUUUUGAAUUUGUCAGUUUUGACCUUUUCGUUGUCAUAAUUGACUUUUUAAAUCAUAAUCUUGACUUUUUAUGUCAAUUUUGAUUUUUUGAUUUUUUUUUUUGCUCAUUAUUAUGACUUGGUGUCUCAUAAUUGGGAGAUUUUAAUAUCAUUAUUAUGAUAUAUAUUUUUUCCUCAUAAUAAUGAUUUUUUUUCUCUCAUGUGUCGGAAACGGAUCUCCAUAUGUGCGUGUCCCACCUACAAAAUACAUGAACUUUCAUAAACCUUUAAUAGGAAUUCAUGUGAAUUUCUUUAUAGAUUAAUAUCUGUAUAUUAAGAGAUAAAAUGUGUGAAAUUCUUACUUAAAUGUGCUUACAGCCUGUUUCACAAAAGUUAUGUAUGAUUUACAAGGUAAUUUGUUUUUCAGAUGUUUUAAUUGUCAAUUAAAAUGACAGCUGGGAAAGCAAACCGAUGUUUGUCUGUAAACUGCUAAUCAUUUCAUCAUGUUCUCAGAUCUGUUUUCUGUGCUACAAGUGUUUUUAUGACUCUAGGACUUAGUCUGACUUUAACUGUAAUUAAUAAAGCUAUUAUUUUUAAGUCAGCAGAAAGGCUUAAUUGCCUGUCAUCUGCGAUGUGGUUAAAGCAGCCAUGUUUUGUACCUCUCACUGUAAAAAGAGGUUUCAAUUUAUAGAAUGUAUAGGUUCUGGUUAUAGGUUAGGUUAUUUUAAUACCAACUGAUGUACUGAUACAUAUUCAGCAUUUGCCUUAAAGUGGAUUCUGAUUGGCUGUCAAUGCAUUUAUUGUUCAUCAGCUGGGAAAAAAAAAAAAAAUUUCUGAAUGUGAUUCCACUGAUAUUCUUUCUCUGUGCCAUUAUCAUUAUUGCUGUUGUGUGAUCUUUGCUAUUCUCAUAGAAUUAUAAUGAUUAUUAAAACUUUUAUCAAUA